GAUCGGUUUCAGAGUGAACCUCAGGCGACUUGGAGUAGCAUCAACAGAUUCGGAAUUGGAAUUCGUGUUGGAUAAACAAACCGAAAACUGAAAAAUAAAACCAAAACAAACAGAACGUGAAAAGUGCAAAUAGAAAACGAUAUUAAAACAUAGUCAGCGAAAUGGAUGCCAAGGAGUUUCGGGAAUUUGGCAAGGCGGCUGUUGAUUUUAUAGCUGACUAUCUAGAAAAUAUUCGCGAUGAUGAUGUCCUGCCCAACGUGGAACCGGGUUAUCUUCUGGACCUACUGCCCACAGAAAUGCCGGAUAAGCCAGAGUCGUGGAAAGAAGUCCUUGGGGACAUAAAUCGCGUGAUCAAGCCAGGUCUCACACACUGGCAGUCGCCUAAUAUGCACGCCUACUAUCCCACUAGCACCUCUUAUCCCUCCAUUGUGGGAGAGAUGCUGGCCAGUGGGUUCGCCGUCAUUGGAUUCAGCUGGAUCUGCAGUCCCGCAUGCACAGAACUUGAAGUGGUGGUCAUGGAUUGGCUUGCCAAGUUCCUAAAGCUGCCCGCUCACUUUCAGCACUCUAGCGAGGGACCCGGCGGUGGUGUCAUUCAGGGAUCGGCUAGUGAGGCCGUUCUGGUGGCUGUCCUGGCUGCCAGGGAACAGGCGGUGGUCAGCUACAGGGAAUCUCAUCCGGAACUCAGCGAGAGCGAAGUACGUGGUCGCUUGGUGGCCUACUCUUCAGAUCAGAGUAAUAGUUGCAUUGAAAAGGCUGGUGUCCUUGCCGCCAUGCCCAUUCGAUUACUCCCGGCUGGUGAGGAUUUUGUGCUUAGAGGUGAGACACUGAAGAAAGCCAUCGAGGAGGAUGUGGCGGCAGGAAAAAUUCCGGUAAUCUGCGUCGCUACCCUGGGCACCACAGGCACUUGUGCCUACGACGAUAUCGAAACCUUGUCCGCUGUAUGUGAGGAAUUCAAGGUAUGGCUUCAUGUAGAUGCCGCCUACGCCGGGGGAGCAUUUGCCCUGGACGAAUGCUCGGAUCUUAGAAAGGGAUUGGAUCGCGUUGACUCGCUGAACUUCAACCUGCACAAGUUUAUGCUGGUCAACUUCGACUGCUCAGCCAUGUGGCUGCGGGAUGCAAACAAAGUGGUCGAUAGCUUCAAUGUGGAUCGUAUAUAUUUGAAGCACAAGCACGAGGGUCAAUCGCAAAUUCCCGAUUUCCGACACUGGCAAAUCCCACUGGGACGUCGCUUCCGUGCCCUAAAAGUUUGGAUUACAUUCCGCACAUUGGGAGCCGAGGGCUUGAGGAAUCAUGUUCGUAAGCACAUCGAGUUGGCCAAACAGUUUGAGCAGCUUGUGAUCAAGGAUUCACGAUUUGAACUAGUAGCUCCUAGAGCUUUGGGAUUGGUUUGCUUCCGCCCAAAAGGUAGCAAUGAGAUUACGACCCAGCUUUUGCAACGUCUCAUGGAUCGCAAGAAAAUCUACAUGGUUAAGGCAGAGCAUGGUGGGCGCCAAUUCCUCAGAUUCGUUGUAUGCGGAAUGGAUUGCAAAGACUCCGAUAUUGAUUUCGCCUGGACAGAGAUCGAAUCCCAGUUGACCGACCUAUUAACGGAACAAUCUUUGGUAUCUCGUAAAUCGGGAAACAUGGCGGACCUCGCACAACACUUCCAGAUCCAUCUGACCUCCGAAAACGCAACGCACGAGAAGUCUCAGUGAGAAAAACGAUUAAACUAUUUUUAUGUAUAGGUUGUCUUUAGUUCACAUAAUAGUACUUAGAUUAUCACAUGUUCAUAAAAAAAAUGAGAAAAAUAAAUAAGCAUUUCGCACUUAAA